AUGAGCAGUUCCUGUGUGACACUGGCCGAGGUCCUGUGGGCAAAAGGAAGCCCUUUGGAGGAAGAAGAAAUUUGGGCAGUCUUGUACCUAGCCACAGUGCAGCUUCUGGAGGACCUUCACAAAGACCCUGCCAUCUGUGUGAUCUGUCCAUGGUCAGUACUACUGUCUGCUGAAGGAAAUUUGUCCUUUCAAAACAAUGCAUCUCAUACAGAAGCUGUCCCUUUCAGUGCACCAGAAUUGCUCCACAGACACAGUAAAAACCAGUGCAUCGGACUAACGAAGAUGUUGGUGUAUUCCUUAGGAAUGACCCUCUAUUGGUCAGCAGACUACCAAGUUCCUCCAAACCAGUCCCUCCAGCUGAGUGACCAACUACACACACUCUUGCUGACGCUAUGUGAAGAUCUACCACAUAAAAGACUUUCUCCUGAAUCAAUUCUGGAAGCAUGUGAGGCACAUCAGAAGGAAUCUGCUUCCUUACCAGCAAACGUCUACAUAAAGAAAAUGGUCCAGUUUGCUGUGGGAAGUGUCAGUGAGGUAGAGUGGGUAGUCACUGAAGACAGCACAGCCUCUCAGCUUAACAGAAGUCAUGCGAUUAGGAAAAGAUUGCAUGAGAAAAUAUUGGACACCUCACCACUGUCCUCCCAGAUGAAUUUUCACCCAGACAAAGGAUCCAGAUUAAUGAAUUAUAGUCGGUCAACAGAAGAUUACAGACAACUCUCUGUGGACUACAGUGACUCUAAUAGUAUUUCUGAAAGUACGUCUUUGAUACUGUCUAACCGAGGACACAGGAGAGGCAAUAACUCUUCCAUCAACUACAUCAGUUACGAUGCAACAAGGUUUAAAAUUUACUCAGCAAAAAUAAAAGGCAUAGAGCAUGAUCUCAAGGGACUAAUUUCCCUAGGAAAGAUGGCAAAAAACCUGGGUGCUCGCUGCAUUAUCACAAUUCUGCCAGGACAUAAUUCACAGAGAGAAAGCAAAUACAUGCUGGGAAAAGAAACCAACCAUUUUUCAGGUCCAGAAUUUGUUAUUUUGUCUAGUGAACCACCAGUGACCUUACAGCUGCCUGGAUCAAUCGUGACUAAAAAAGGGAAAUCCUACUUGUCCCAAAGGGACCUCAAUGUGAUUCUACUCAACGGGCAGUGCCUUGAGGUGCAAUGUGACAUCAAGUCCAAGGCAAGAGAUGUUUUCAACACUGUGGUGGCAUAUGCAAACUUGGUGGAACAUUUCUACUUUGGUUUGGCUUAUCUGAAAGGUAAAGAAUUCUUUUUUUUGGAUGACGAGACCAAACUCUACAAAGUUGCCCCAGAUGGCUGGAAUGACCAACCCAAGAAGAAAACCUCCAUCAUUCUCUUUCUAAGGAUAAAAUUCUUUGUCAACCACUUUAAUGUUAUCCAGCACGGCUUGACAAGGCAUCAGUUUUACCUGCAGCUUCGUAAAGAUAUUUUGGAGGAGCGAUUAUAUUGCAAUGAUGAGACUGCCCUGAAACUCGGUGCUUUGGCUUUACAGGCAGAGCUUGGCAAUUAUGCUUCUGAGAUGCAUGGAAAGAGCUAUUUUCGUGUUGAAGAUUACAUUCCAGCAAGCCGAAUAGAGAAAAUGACCCUGGCAUACGUACAGCGAGAGCUUGCUAAACUACAUCGUAUGAAUCGUUCUCUGUUUGAGGAUGAGGCUGAACUAGAAUUUUUAAAGGUGACUCAGCAACUUCCUGAAUAUGGAGUGUUAUUCUAUCGUGUGUCCCAAGAGAAGAAAGGAGCAGGAGGGGACAUCAUCCUGGGAAUCUGUGCCAAAGGCAUCAUUGUGUAUGAGGUCAAAAAUCACACAAGAAUUGCCAGUUUAAGAUUCCAGUGGCGUGAAACAGAGAGAAUUUCAGCUCAUAGAAAAAAAUUCAUGAUUGAAAGCAGCUUCAGUGGCAAGAAACACACCUUUGUUACCGAUACAGCAAAGACAUGUAAAUAUCUACUGGACCUCUGCUCUGCCCAGCACAAAUUCAAUGCACAGAUGAAUUCUAGACAACUUCGGCAAACUUCAUCAGAGGAAAGUAAAUUUGUGGAAAUAGACAAAUCAAAUUCUGCAUAUGCAGCACAGCGUGAACACCUUGCCCUGAUUCAGAGACUGUCUCGUUCAGAAAAUGUGCUCUAUGGAGCAAACCUGGAAAAUCUUUCUGCUGGGAUGAUGAGCAAAUCUUGUGAUAACCUCAGUGUGGAAACCAACAACAGGACUAGAGGCAAAAGCAAUCUUGGCAGAUCCACAUCAGGGCUAUCCCAGUCAGAAAUGCACAUCAAUUUGAAUGGAAAACAAAGGAGUUAUGACUACCUCUCUAUCCAUUCAACUCAGAACACAAUCAGUGCACCUGGAUCACCAGCUAUUCAAAAGGAAGUUUUGCUAAGUGGUCUGGAAAGAGAAAUCAUUUGUGUCAGCCUAAAACGUGACCCUAAGAAUGGAUUUGGUUUUGUAAUUAUUGGAGGAGAAAAUGUAGGAAAAUUAGACCUCGGUAUCUUUAUUGCUUCAAUUAUCCCUGGAGGACCUGCAGACAGAGCUGGAAAUAUCAAACCAGGAGGACGACUCAUCUCUGUGAAUAAUAUUAGUCUUGAGGGCGUUUCAUUUAAUACUGCAGUUAAAAUCAUACAGCAUUCUCCCGAUGAAGUGGAGCUCAUCAUCUCUCAACCCAAAGAUAUGUAUGAAGAAGGAUUAAAUGAAGAAAAGAAUCUAUCAAGAGGAAACAGCACUAGUGGAUCUGAGAUCUCUUGUGUAGACAGUGGGAGAAAAAAGAUUCAGGAUUGUCACACAGCUCUCCCCAAAGAACAGGACAAAAAUAUAGAUGAACUUGAGAAGGCUCUUUCCUGGAGUUUAGCAUCAAAAUUGGGCCCUAAGAUUCCAGUUCCUUCAGCUGAUAGCCUGGAUGUGGAGGAAGCUGACUCUUCGCACUUACCAUCCCCAUCUGAAACCAACUCAAAGGAAAUCUAUACCGUGGAGCUUGUUAAAGAAGAAGGGACUUUUGGAAUCAGUGUGACUGGUGGAAUUAACACAAGUGUGCAUCAUGGUGGGAUAUACGUGAAGUCAAUUAUUCCCAGGGGACCAGCAGAUAAGGAUGGACAAAUAAAGAUAGGUGAUCGUCUGCUGGAAGUAGAUGGCAUCAGCCUCUGUGGCAUCACCCACAAACAGGCUGUAGAACACCUUAAGAAAUCUGGCCAGAUUGCCAAGCUGGUUCUAGAAAGGGGAAACUACCAAUUGGCAGAGCCAUGCCUGACUGCUAAUGACAGAAAGGAGGACCUGUGUGCAGUUGCUUCUGUGGCAACAUCCUUCACAGAUGGUACCAAGGACUACUGCUUUUUGACAGAUGAUAAUACAUUUGAAGUCAAACUGAAAAAGAAUUCUGGAGGCCUUGGCUUCAGUGUUCUGCAAAUGGAAGGAGAUGCUUGCGAACCCCUUGGAGGAGCUAUUGUCAGGAUCAAAAGACUGUUUCCAGGGCAGCCAGCUGAAGAGAAUGGCGAAAUUGAAGUUGGAGACAUCAUUUUAGCUGUGAAUGGGAAACCUGUUCAAGGACUCUUGUAUCAGGAUGUCUUGCACUUGUUGAGAGGAGCUCCUCCAGAAGUCACACUACUACUUUGCAGACCACCAAAAGGUGUUCUUCCAGAAAUAGAGCAGAGUGCCCUGACCCCAGGACCAUCUCCAAUUAAGGAGUUUGUGGCAGAAAUGCCAGGCAAUACAGAGGUAGAAAAUAGUAUGGAUCAGUCUACCAGUGAUGGAGGUAGCACCUCUCCAGACCUCGAAGACUGCCUGGAUUCUCCAGUGGCAGCAGAUUUCAGUGAGCCUCCUGAAGAGGACAGCUCACCUUACGAAGAGCAGGAAGCUGAGUUUCAAGAGACGUCCAUACAGAAACUUAUGACUCCCAAGGAAAAUUUCUAUAAGCGUCUCUGGAAGUUUCAUCAAGAAGCUGCCAGUUCUGAAGUCAUCCAUUCCCUAGAGGAAGAAGUGAAGCAGAACUGCUACUCACCAUGUGAAUUUGGAUGGGCCAAAAGCCACAUAUUUAAUAAGAGUGAUGAUGACCUAUCGAACACAAAAUGUAUGCCUGAAACUCUCUCUCUAACCCCUAUUGAUGAAGAGUAUCUCACUAUCAGCUCAACGUCUGUGACCUCACUUUCACGGGGAGGAAGCUCCGAGACACUCUCCACAACCAUGGCGACCCCACAACCACGUGUUUGUGGUCCUUUCUCAUCAUCUCUUCCUGCUAGAGAUAUGCAUGACAGUGACGAUGAAUGGGAAGACUUGCAGGAACUAGAGGAAGAGAAGAAAGAAAAGGAAGACUGCACUAGGGAAAUGGAGAUCUUUGUGACUUUGACAAAGUCAGAGAACGAUGGUUAUGGAUUCUCUGUAGUUCUUAACAAAGUGGACAACUGCCUGUAUGUUGAUGAAAUCUUGAAUGAGCCUGCCCUGUCUGAUGGAAGACUAAGAAGGGGAGACAGAAUCAUUAUGGUGAAUGGAAUUGAUGUCACGUCUUUACCAUGCAAUGAAGCCCUGACUUUACUGCAAAGCUCUCCUCCUGAUCUGCACCUUGUGGUUGGUCGUGCUGACAGUGGUCCGUGUCCCUCUAUUAGGCCAGAAGAGAUUCCCGAAAUUACGCUCACAAAGGGUGCCAAUGGACAGCUAGGCUUGAAGCUGACAGGAGGAGCUGGAAGCAAGUUACAAGGUAUUUAUGUGCUAGAGAUAGUGCCUGGCUCUCCUGCCAGUGUGGAAGGCAGUUUGCAGCCACGAGAUCAAAUUGUUUACAUCUGUGGACUGUGGACUGAGGGAAUUAGCCUGGAUGAUGCUGUGAGAGUAUGUGAAGCUGCCACCCAGAACGUCCAAAUCAAAGCCACGAGAAAUGGUAAUCCAGUGGUUCCUAUAGAACAGGAAAAUAAGAAACAUUUGGAAGAAGCAAACUGUGGUGCUCAGCAAAACACUCCUGAUUCUCCAGAAUGUAAGGACUUCAUUAUUAAGAUUGAGCUGGAAAAAGCAGAAAAUGGAAGCCUAGGAUUUGCACUGGUAGGUGGAAGAAAUGGCAGGGCUAUCCUAAUAAAAGCCAUCAGCCCAGACAGCAUUGCAGAUCUAGAUGGAAGGCUUCAAGUUGGUGACAUCCUACUUAAGGUGAAUGAGACUUUUGUGUCUGGUCUGCCACGUCAAACAGUUAUAGAUUUGCUGCGCAAGGCUCGAGGCACUGUUCAACUCACUGUUUGUCGAAGCAUGGCUUUGCAUUGGGCUUAUUCAGGCAAUCACAGCAACAGCAUGCCUUCCCCCCCAGACAAAAAGGCAGAGCCUGACAAUGCUGAGGGAAGCCUUCGAGCUCAGCCUGUUUUCACUUUCCAGGAAGAAGAAUGCAACCACAUGUGCAGCAAGGACCCAGAAAGUACACACAAUUCCGCUCUGCAAGGUCAGCUUGCUGGACAAGACUAUAAAGGUAUAAUCAGUAACAUUUCACACAGGUCACAGAAAGAUGCAGAAUGUGAAGGCUGCAGAAGAGAGAGUCAGCAGUCUGAGUCAGACAGCUGGAACAAUGAAGAUGAUGAUAUGCCCCACAGGAUUUCUGUUCUACCUAAAAGCAGAACCUUUGCUUCUGGAGAUGAACUGACUCAGUUAAUUAACUUUAAACCAUCACUGACUGGAGUAGGUCCAAGGACUGGCAUCACAGGUCUUAUUCAAGGCCUUCAGUUGCGGAUUGAGAAUCAAGAGGUGUUAAAGGAGUUUAUGGCUUUAGAACAUGUGAAACCAAUAGAUGACUGCAGAACUGGCAAAGCACCAGAAAACCAGGAUAAAAACAGAUACCGAGAUAUUCUUCCAUAUGACAAGACACGAGUUCCUCUGGGGGAAAAGAAUGGCUACAUAAACGCAAGUUACAUUAGAAUGCAAGUUGGAGAAGAGGAACAUUUCUAUAUUACAACCCAAGGGCCUCUGCCAUCCACUAUGGCUGAUUUCUGGCAAAUGAUCUGGGAGAGUGCAUCAGAUGUGAUUGCCAUGAUGACAAAAGAAGUGGAGCUAGGGCAAGUCAAAUGUCAUCGGUACUGGCCUGAACCUCCCCAUGACUCUAUAGACCUGGCUAAUUUCCAUCUCAGGCUAGAUAAUUUCCAGAUUCUGGAAUACUUCAUAAUUAGAACAAUAGAAAUGAUCAACAAGCAGGAACGUAUUAUGUUUGCUAUGUUUGUCUUGGACCAGUAUCAAAUUACUACAGAAAGCCACAGGUUUACUUCAGCAGAAAUCCAGACAUGCAUUCAGAUUCUUCAGGUGGUAAAAAUCCAGACAGAAGAGAAACGCAUUAUAAGUCAUUUGCAGUUUACCACUUGGCCAGACCACAACACUCCCAAACUGGCUAAGCAGCUUGUAAAAUUUAUUUGUUACAUGAGAAAAGCUCACAGUACUGGACCUAUUGUUGCUCACUGCAGCACUGGCAUUGGAAGAAGUGGAGUUCUGCUGUGUGUUGAAGUUCUGCUUAGCUAUAUAGAAAAAGAUCUAUGUUUCAACAUCAAGCAGAUAGUGAGAGAUUUGAGAGAUCAGCGUUUUGGCAUGAUCCAAACUAAGGACGAGUAUUUAUUCUGUUAUGAAGUUGUGCUAGAAGUCCUUCAGAACCUUCAAGCAAUGGAUUCCUACUGA